AUGCUUUCUGUGAUUAUUUUUUCCCAAAACUACGCAUCUUCCAAAUGGUGCUUAGAUGAGCUUAUGAAGGUUCUUGAAUGCAGAAAAAUUAGAGGGCAGACAGCUAUUCCAAUAUUCUACGAGGUUGAUCCAUCUGAUGUAAGAAAACAAAGUGGAAGCUUUGGAGAUGCAUUUGCAGAACUUGUGAAGAGAAAAGCUUUGGCGAUGGAGGAAAAGCAGAGCUUUGGAGCUGCUUUGAACGAAGCUGCCAACAUAUCUGGGCAUGAUUCACGGAAGUUUGAGUCCGAGUCUAAAUUUAUCGAGGAAAUUGUUAAAGAUAUUUUAGAUAAGUUGUGCAAAAUGUUCCCCAGUCACUCCACGAAUCUUGUUGGGAUUGAUGAACACAUAAGGAAAAUUGAAUCUUUGUUGAAUAUGGAGUCACAAGAUGUUCGGAUUGUUGGAAUAUGGGGAAUGGGUGGUAUAGGGAUGCAUGAUUUACUACAAGAAAUGGCUUAUAGUAUUGUUUAUGAAGAAUCCGAGAAUCCUGGAGAACGCAGCAGACUGUUUGAUCCUGAGGAUGUCUAUCAUGUAUUGAAGGAAAAUAAGGGAACAAAAGCAGUUAAAGGAAUGUCCCUUGACAUGUCGAAAUCGAGGAAAAUGCGAUUGAAACCUAGUGCUUUUGUGGGGAUGAACCGUCUUGAAUUUCUCAUUUUCUAUAAUCCCUAUUUCUUCGAGGUCGAAAAAAAUAGAGUGCACCUUCCUCGCUCUGGCCUUGAAUAUCUUUCCAAGGGGCUUAGAUAUUUCCACUGGGAUGGAUUCCCUUCGAAAUCUCUGCCACGAGAUUUUUGUGCUGAAAACCUCGUUCAGUUUGAUUUUUCUGAGAGCAAAGUAGAAAAACUUUGGAGUGGAAAACAGAAUCUGACGAAUUUAAAAGGGAUCAACCUGGAUGGCUCUCGAUCUUUGACGGAACUGCCAGAUCUGUCAAAAGCUAACAAUUUAGAGUACAUAAAUCUUAGAGGUUGUGAAAGUUUAAUAGAGCUCCCAUCGUCCAUUCAACAUCUGGAGAAACUCCAAUACCUUGAUCUUACCGAUUGCCAUAAUCUAAUGACUCUUCCGGGAAGGAUCGAUUCAAAAUUUCUCAGUCAACUUUUUAUAACAGGUUGCCGAAAUAUCAAGAAGUGUCCAGAGACUUUGGCGGAUAUAGGAUAUCUAGAUUUAAGUGGGACUGCUAUAGAGAAGGUGCCUUUGUCAAUCGAGUUGAGAAAAAUUUCUCUAAUUGGUUGCAAAAAUAUAACCAAGUUUCCAGUGUUUUCAGAGAAUAUCAGAGACUUGGUUUUGAAUGGAACUGCUAUAGAAGAGGUGCCCUCAUCGAUCGAGUUUCUUACAAACCUAAGGUCUCUACAUAUGUUUGACUGCAAAAAGCUUUCUAGACUCCCAAGCAGCAUCUGUAAAUUGAAAGCUCUUGAAUAUUUCUAUUUAUCUGGUUGUUCAAAACUUGUGUACUUCCCAGAAAUCAUGGAGCCUAUGAAAUCUUUGAGGAUACUUUAUCUGGGAAAAACAGCAAUUAUAGAGCUACCCUCGUCAACUAGGCAUCAGAAAUCUUUGAUAUAUCUCCAGUUAGAUGGAACACCUAUCAAACAGCUACCAGAGCUUCCACCUUCUUUGAGAAUGUUAACAGCGAAGGAUUGUGAGUCACUGGAAACCAUAUCAAGCAGCACUUUAACCCAUUCAAUGCGUUUGGAUUUUGCAAAUUGCUUCAUAUUUGAUAAGAAUGCACUCAUGGAAGAAAUGCAAUUGAAAAUUCAGUCUGGAAGUAUCGGAGACAUGUUUCAGAUUAUUUUACCAGGAAGUGAAAUUCCACAUUGGUUCUUCGAUCAAAGUAGGAGAUCUUCCGUAGCAAUUCAGUUGCCCUCGAACUGUCCUAAGCUCAAGGCAAUUACUUUCUGCUUGGUUGUUGCUCACCAUGCAGUCCUCUUAAAUGAUUUGCUUGAUGAAGAUAAAGCCAUAAACAUUAAAUGGCAAUGCCAUGCCAAAAGUAAUAACGGUGAACAUGAUGAUGCCAUUUUCAAGACAGAGUGUGAGAUUUAUAAUUUCCAGGAUUCAAAGAUGCAUGACUCGGAUCACAUGUUACUAUGGCACGAGAUUAGAAGAGAAGAUUCCUUCAGUAAAUAUUCUGGCAAUGAAGUUACAUUUGAAUUCUACCCAAAAGCAAAAGCAAAAUCUUUCGAUCGGGACACCUCAGAGAUGAAGUUGCAUGAAAUUGAAGAGCACUGCAAGGUGAAAGGGUGUGGGGUCUAUCUUCUAUUUGAUGACAAUCCACAUCCACCCAGCAUUUCUGAUGAGGAUUUGAGCGACCAAGAAAGUGACUACUACUCUCUGUGCUCCAGCAAUUCUGCCGAGGAUUCGGCUGAUGAAAUUGAUGAUGAAUAUUAUUGCAAGACUGGUCCAGCAAAGUCUGUUUUAUGCCACCGAUUGGGUUAUAUCUUUCUUCUUCUCUGCUUCUUGACUUUUGCUUAUUUCAUUCUCUCAUGGACAUCCCAACUUUGGUUUCCACCUCCAUUCACUCUCAACGGCAAUGCAAUGUAUUUCUUAAAGCGUUCCAAGUAG